UUUAAACAGGCAGUGGUAGGACUUUGAAAGUAGAGACAUCCUUAAACAAUUAGAAGAACAAAAUGGGAGAACCCGAGAAAAGUGGUGGAACCCACAGGGUCAGGUGCUUUGCCAAGAUCAAGGUGUUUCUGUUGGCAUUAACAUGGGCAUAUAUAUCCAAAACACUAUCAGCAUUUUACAUGAGUUCUAUGCUCACACAAAUAGAGAGACGAUUCAAUAUUUCCACGUCUAUAGUUGGGCUUAUCAAUGGGAGCUUUGAGAUAGGAAACACUUUGUUGAUUGUAUUCGUGAGUUAUUUUGGAACAAAACUGAACAGACCUAUCAUGAUUGGUGUUGGUUGUGCAGUUAUGGGCCUAGGGUGUUUCAUAAUAGCACUACCUCAUUUCCUCAUGGGCAGAUACGAAUAUGAAACAACCAUUGCACCUACAAGCAACUUGUCCUCAAGCAGCUUUUUGUGUGUGGAAAACAGAUCCCAGACCUUAAAGCCAACGCAAGACCCAGCAGAGUGUGUGAAAGAAAUGAAAUCAUUAAUGUGGAUAUAUGUACUGGUAGGAAACAUUAUACGUGGAAUUGGUGAAACUCCCAUCAUGCCUUUAGGUAUUUCCUAUAUAGAAGACUUUGCCAAAUCAGAAAACUCUCCUUUAUACAUAGGAAUUUUAGAAGUUGGAAAGAUUACUGGCCCAAUAUUUGGAUUUUUGUUGGGACCUUUCUGUGCAAGCAUUUAUGUAGACACAGGGUCUGUGAAUACAGAUGACCUGACCAUAACUCCCACUGAUACACGCUGGGUCGGUGCUUGGUGGAUUGGCUUUUUGGUCUGUGCAGGAGUGAAUAUCCUGACCAGCAUCCCCUUUUUCUUCUUUCCAAAAACACUCCCAAAGGAAGGAUUACAGGAUAACGGGGAUGGAACUGAAAAUGCCAGAGAGGAGAAGCACAGAGAAAAGGCCAAGGAGGAAAACCGAGGAAUCAUUAAAGAAUUCUUCCUGUUGAUGAAGAGACUCUUCUGCAACCCUAUUUACAUGCUUUCCGUCCUUACAACUGUGCUCCAGACAAAUGGAUUUAUCAGUAUUUUUAUUUUCAAGCCUAAAUACCUGGAGCAUCAUUUUGGAAUAUCCACUGCAAAGGCAAUCUUCCUCAUUGGUCUUCAUACCACACCUCCGGUGUGUGUUGGAUAUUUAAUUGGUGGUUUUAUUAUGAAGAAGUUCAAGAUUACUCUCAAGAAAGCUGCACUCAUAUCUCUUUGUCUAUUCAUGUCUGAGUGCCUUCUCUCCCUCUGUAACUUUAUGCUAACCUGUGAUACCAUUCCAAUUGCCGGCUUAACUACCUCUUAUGAAGGAAUUCAUCAGUCUUUUGAUAUGGAGAAUAAGUUUCCUGCUGACUGCAACACAAGAUGUGGCUGCUUAACAAAAACAUGGGAUCCAGUGUGUGGGGACAAUGGCCUAGCAUACAUGUCACCUUGCCUUGCAGGCUGUGAAAAGUCUGUUGGAACAGGAGCCAACAUGGUGUUUCAAAAUUGUAGCUGCAUUCGGUCAUCAGGAAACUCAUCCGCAGUCCUGGGGCUGUGUAAGAAAGGCCCUGACUGUGCUAACAAGCUGCAGUACCUUUUGAUCAUAACAGUAUUUUGCUCCUUCUUCUACUCGUUAGCAGCCAUACCUGGGUACAUGGUCUUUCUGAGAUGUAUGAAGUCUGAAGAGAAAUCACUUGGAAUUGGACUACAGGCAUUUUGCAUGAGACUAUUUGCUGGCAUUCCGGCACCUAUUUACUUUGGUGCUUUGAUAGACAGAACAUGCUUACAUUGGGGAACCCUGAAGUGUGGUGAGCCAGGGGCAUGCAGGGCCUAUGAAAUGAGUAGCUUCAGGCGCCUUUACCUUGGAUUGCCUGCAGCUCUAAGAGGAUCAAGCUUUCUCCCUGCCUUCCUCAUUCUAAGACUUGUCAGGAAAUUCCAAUUCCCUGGGCAAAUGGACUCUUCAGAAACUGAACUUGCAGAGAUGAAGCCCACAGAGAAGGAAAGUGAGUGCAUAGAUGCACAUAGAAGUCCUAAGGUUGAGAGUGAUGGAGAACUGAAAACGAAGCUGUAAUGAGUUUUCUACUGGCCUGUGCAAGGCCAUUAACAGAAUGCACAUUUCACUUCCUUUGAAUCAUUAAAGAUAUAUUAGGAACCUUCAUCUUUAAUGACCUCAAAAACCAUUUUUCUCAUUAUAAAAAUAAUUAUUGGUAUUAUUUUCAGAACUUUAGGCUAGUACUUAAGAUUUUCCUAGUGAAGACUUUUAUGGUGACCCCCACCCUGGACUUUAAAAAGCCUUCAUUUUCAAAUAGCAUUUUCUCUUUAAACUCAGUCAAAGGAAGUGUGUGUUUCAUGCAUACCUUCAAAUGGAUUUCAUUUCACUUUAAUUUCAUUAAAUUUACAUUUCAAUCUUGGAGGUAAUUAGAGCUGAAAGUAUGCCUUCUGGUUGUGUCAUAUUGAAAUAAAUUGUUCAAAUUCACCUUUUCUAUGUGCAAGGUGUCUGCAUGUGUCUUUAAACUAUUUGGGAGCUGUUAUCUUUCUUUUCUCAUUCUAGACUUUUGAAUUCAGAGAUGAGACUCUCACUAAUGUGUCAUCUCUUGUUUUCAAUUCCUUCUUUCAUUUUUCUUUUUUUUAUUUUAUUUUUUUAUUAUUAUUUUCUUUA